CGCGAGAGUCAAAACAUCAACAUUAGCAGCGGAAAGUUUAUUGUCGGUUUGAGUUAAAGUGUUUUGAGCUCGUUCCUCUGCUCUGUCCGCAGCUCUCUCUGUGACGGGAGCACUGUGGUGUUAUCCAGCCAUGAGCUCUAAGGUGAUAUCCAGCGCGAAGGAGUUCUUUAAUAUUCUCCGAUCUCUUCAGGAUGAGGAGAGCGACCAUCCAUUUAUACACGAGGAGGAAGUCGAAAUAUUAAAGACGAAUGGAGACAGAGUUGCUGUGGUGAAUAUGUACUGUGGUAACCAGCCGGUUUUCAUCUGUCAAAAAGCUGUCCCCAAAUCAAGUGAAACUGACGAUGAUCAAAUAACUGAUUAUUCAAACUGCGCUGGUGAUGAUGCUGAUGAUGCUAGUUUGCUUAAAACAGACCUGGGACCACAGCCACUCACAAUCAUGAAAGCAAGGCAGUUACUGUCUUGGUACACAUUAGCUCAAAAUGCUAAUGUGUCAGCUGUGGACAACAAGCCUGCGUUAAACCCUCUGUGGGUGAGAUGCGACAUGUCUGAUCCUGCUAAAACCACCUGGUUCGGGGCGGAGACAGUCUGCAUCGGCAGUAAAGUAUCUGGUGUAAAACUAUACUCCGUGACCUGCAAAGGUGCAGCGAUAGAUAAAAAAACGUUCAUUACCUUAGAUGAGCUUAAACAAGAGCACAAGAAAAGGCAUCACCCCUCCUCGAUGGGAAUUAAAGGCAGUGCCAGGUUCCACUUGUUCGGCUCCACAGUUGUUGAGAACACCGUGAUUGAGUCACAGAGCAGCGUGACAGUGGAUUUCAAAUGGAGUCACGUGGAGAGUGUCCUCGAGACCCCACCGCUCUCUUCUACAGCUACACUGAAUAUCAAAGUUACCAGUGGAGACACGAGAAGCCCGGUGUCCCAGAUGUACAGGGAGUUGGAGUUUCUUCAGACUCUUGCUGAUGGUUUGAGAACUGGUGAGACUGAAUGGAUGGAACCGUUGGAAAGCACAUCAGCUGUAAAUCUUACCAAGGCCUACCUAGCAGAGCUACAGAAUACUGCAACAACUCUAGAGGAUCAGGCUCCAAACACAACUGAGAGCACCAAGAUGAAGUGUGGGACAGACACUCCCAUCUUCAACUUCUUCGAACGAGGAGAUUUAGAUUUUGUGGAACAGUUGUGGGUUCGCAUGAGAAAGAGUGUGACUUCAUAUCAAGACAUUGGAGACUGUCUAAAACUCGUCAUCGAAGCCCUGAGAUACGGAGACAUCAAACCAUGGAUUCACAGAGACAGCAACAGCUCCCUCAGUAAGCUCAUCCUGCAGUCCUACCACCGGCAGAUCGACCACGUGUCUCUCACAGGAGUCACACCCGUCCACAUGCUGCUGGAGAUGGGUUUGGACAAGAUGAGAAAGGACUACAUUAACUACCUCAUCACUGAACAAUUGGCAACUCUAAACCACUUGUGUUUCUACCUGAGCACUGAGGUUGAUCUACAGGAGCAAGUGAUCCGACUCAGAAAACUGCACCACCUGCUGGAAAUAAUUGUGACCUGCAGCACGUUUCUGAGUCUGCCCUUCGACCGCCUGUUCCUUCUCACACAAUCGUGUUUGCAGCACUAUAAAACAAUCCCAUAUGACGAGGAACAUGAAUUCAAACUCCAAAUCAAACCAGCUCUGAUCAGCCAUUUGUACCAGAAAGAGCAGCCGGUUCUGUGGGGAGCCGAUGUUUUCAGCGGCCAGGGUCCUCGUGAGGUCAGAACAUCGUUACAGCUCAGCGAUAGACCACUGGUUGAUCAUGUCAUGCUUGAAACAGAUUACCCAAAUGGAACGGUUAGCGGGGACAGUGAGGAUGACGCCUUGUUCUCCACCAUGGUGUGCUGCAGUCUUGUCAACUUUGCAUGAACUUACACAAAUAAACAACAAAGGAGGUGUUCAAUUCAUAUUUGAUAUUCUCUUUGUUGAAAUAUCAGACACACUCAAUUUAAACCUAUAUCGAGUGCUAUAGGUCUUUCUGUUAAUAUAAUGUACUUUCUUGUUAACUUUUUUCAAUGCACAACUUUCAGUCCUUUGUAUAUAUGUUCUUUGACCCUGUCCUUGCUUUUCUAUCUUUAUUAUUAUAACAUCAGAUGAUUUCUUUUGUAUCCAAUAGAGCGCGUUUGUGGAGAUUGCUUUUCGCUGAAUAAUUCCCAGUUUCAACCAAAUGAAAACACAAUAAAUCUGCAGUUUAUCAGGUGUUUGCAAUGGUCUUAUUCCACAGCAGUUUUAAUAAGAGAAUCCAACUUGUUACACGGCUAUUCACACAGUGUGAGUGUCUGGAA